AUGAGCGCGGGGAAGCUGAGGCUGUCGUAUUGGGUCUUGCCCAUCAUCUCGGGCGUGGUAUGGCUGGCCACCCUGCUAGGCAUGCUCUUGCAAUGGGUCGUCAACGAUAACAAGAGGCACCUCCCCUCCAUGAACGCCGAAUCCACCAUCCCCUACAUCAGCAACAUUGGCGCCCAUGAAAUGAAGCCUCUCUUUAUCACCGGCUGCGUCAUCACCACCAUCUUCCUUGACCUCUCCUUCGCCUCUGACCGUUGGUUGCGCCACAACGGCCGUUUAGUACCCAACGUCACACUCUUCGAAAAGGUCCUCUCUGGACUAACCAUCUUAUUCGCCAUCGUCGGCACCGUCGGCCUCAUUUUGCUCUCCAUCUUCGAUACCUACCAUCACAAGCGCCUGCACAACAUCUUCUUGGCCCUCUUCAUCGGAGGCUACUUGAUAAGCGCCAUCUUCAUCUGCUGGGAGUACCAGAGACUAAGAACCAAUCAUCGCGAGCAUAGUAUCCUCCGCACCUCCUUCCGCAUCAAGCUCGCCUUCAUCAUCCUCGAGCUCAUCCUCAUCAUCGCCUUUGGCGUCUGCUCCCGCGUCAAACGCCGCAACGCCGCCGCCGUUCUCGAAUGGAUCAUUGCCUUCAUCUUCUCCGCCUACGUCUUCUCCUUCAUCGUCGACCUCUGGCCCGCCAUGCACACCAAGCCGGCUCGCCGCUCCCGGCUCCACCGCCAUUCCUUGGGCAUGGGCGGUGCCCACGGAGCGUGCGAUUCUAGCUCCGGAUCGGCGGUGCAUAGAGACUGGUCCCCGAGAGAGAUGGAGGAGGCCAACCCCAAUGACCUUCCAAUGCAGCCGAGACAGGCGCAUAUGGAUAGGGUCCCGAAUAACUUUUAA